AUGGGUGACGGAUUACCGGCCUGGGAGAGGACUGCCGGCUGGUUGCGCUUUCGAGUCACGGAGCGCUCUCCAGACAGGCGAGAGAGGAAGCCGGGAGCCGUGAUCCCCGAGGAGCUGUCUCGCUUAGGUGGAAGGAAACCGGGCGAGCGGCGGAACAAAGGAAGGGCCUCCCCACACGUCACGCGGGUUGACGGCUGGCGCUCCGCCGCCAGCGCCCGCACCCGCGCUGUUUGUCCCUGGCAGCUCGGCUCGCGCGGCACAAAGACCACCGCGCAUCCGGCGCCGCCCACACCCCGCGAAUGCCGACGGGAUAUCGUACGGAUCAGCCCACCGGUGAGCCGGGCCAGCACACAACUUGGCUGCUCGCUGUUUCUGAACAACUCGGAAAACGACGGCUUGCCGACAGCGCAAGACCUGCUGCUUUCGUCUCUUGUACUGUGCCCAUGUGAAGUACAAACGAUUAACCCUUUGGGGGACUUUUCUGUGUUUUUUGUGUUCCAGCUUCUCGGUCUUAGCAUCCUGGCCGUGGGCAUUUGGGCGUGGACCGAGAAGGACACCUUCAACAACCUCAGCCGCCUGACCAACAUCGCUCUCGACCCCGCCUUUGUCCUAAUACUCAUCGGAACGACGACGUUCGUGAUCGGCUUCACGGGCUGCGUCGGUGCUCUACGCGAGAACACCUGCCUACUCUCCGCAUAUGCCAUCUUCCUCGCCAUCCUGCUGCUCCUCGAGAUGACAGCGGGCGUCUUAGGCUUCAUUUUUAAAGACUGGAUAAAAAACCAAGCCACGGAGGGUUUCCAGGCUUUCAUAAUCCACUAUCGGGAGGACCCGGACCAACAAAACCUGAUAGACUGGAUACAGGAGGACUGGCUGCAGUGCUGCGGCAUCGAGGGCCCCAAGGACUGGGACCGCAACAACUACUUCAACUGCUCCUCGCGCGAGGUCGGCAGCAGGGAGGCGUGCGGCGUGCCUUUCUCCUGCUGCAAGCGGAAACCCAACGAAAUUAUCAAGAACAAACAAUGCGGAUAUGACGUCAGGAAACCAGGUUAUCAAUACGACGUGGCCAAGAUCAUCAACGAGAAGGGCUGCAUCCAGGCCGGCGAGGAGUGGAUCGAGCGCAACCUGCUCGUCGUCGCCAUAGUCGCAGUGGCCACCGCCUUCCUGCAGAUACUGGGGAUCUGUUUCGCCCAGAACCUCAGGGCUGACAUAUUUGCACAGAAAGCAAAAUGGCAUUGACAGUUUCGGGCCCCCACUGCUGUCUAGCGACAAACAUUUUUGAAGCAAGGUGUAAGAAGGAUGCAUAAACCAGUGCAGCUUUAAACUGCUGUUGGACAUCCUUCCCAUCUUUCUUCUCAGUGUGGGGCCCGUACAAAAAACUGUUGACAACAAACUCAACUAUUGAGUUUAUGGACUGCUAAUGCAUGGACAAAAUAAUAUUUGCAAGAUUAACAAUACUAAUUCAACAUUCUACAGUGAUGAUGCAAUUGUAAUAAAAUGAUAUUGUAGUGCUGUUGCUGAUUUAUAAAGUGAUGUGUCAAACUUCAUAUAUCCAAACAGUGUGGAAUAUAAAUAAUAUUUUCUGGAACAAUUGGAUAUAAACUUGGAAUAGUAAUAUUAACUGAGUUCUAUUGCUGUGAAACAGUAUUUUCUGUUAACUGCAAAGUGCUAUUCCAUAUGCAAAGAAUAUAUUAUGCUAUCUGUUUACAAAAUGUGCUAUUGCAUUUACUAUAAUACCUGCAGGGAUGAAAAAAACUCUUUGCCAAUGUAAUUUUUCAUCACAUGGUAUGUGAAAUAUUAAACUUGUAUAGUGAUUGAACAGUACAUCUUGGAUUACUAUGCUGGAACAUUUUUAUCCAUUUGCUUCUGUUGCAGUGCAAACUUUUUAGAAAGGUUUUUUUAGGGAAACUUUUUUUACAAAUUCAAUAUAUUUCUGCAUAAAUAUCUUAACUCAUGAAAAUUCAAAAAUCGUUUUGAUUUUCUAUGUUUCAUAAUCCUGUUUCAGGAUAAAAUGGGCUACACAGUGGCUGCAACGUUAUAGCUAGGAAUGUUGCAUUGAUUUUCUGUUUGGUCUCCAGAGAAGUAAAAAUAAUUAGGCAUUAAAACUGUUUCCAUUGACUGGGCAUAACAUUGAUCAUGCUAUAGUAUUUACAUUCAGUUUGUUUCCAAAUUAUUGUGUUGUUGAGAAUAUGUAGUGUAGCUCAGUUAAAAUUAAUUUUUAAUUGUCACUAUUCCUAUAAGCAAAUUGACCUGCAGAAGUUCAUUCAGAUUGAUACCUUCAUUGUGUUCUACAGGAUGUUUACAAAGUGUAUUGACUUAUGGGUUGUGGUGUUGUUACAUUUAUUUGUUAACUUAUUUAAUUUUUUGUGACCAUUCAGUAAUAUGCAGAUAACAUUAUCAGUCACUUCUGUAGAAAAUAUUGGAUUGUAAGUGUUAAAGAAAUACGAAAUAUGACCACAACAUAUCCAAGAUAGGAUACAAUACAAGUGAAAGCCUGCUGCAGUAAUGGUGAAAAAUUUUUACCAACAUGUAACUUACUGUAACAUAAAUAAAUUUUUGUAUGUUGAAAUGUUUGGUUAAUUAUUUCAUCUUUUUUUAACACAAUUACCUUUAUUACAUCAUAUAGAGUCUUCACUGUUAAUGUUGCAAAGUUGAAGAAAUAUUGUCAUUUUAAGGUUAGUGAUAGUAUCUGAAAGAAUCCAGAUAAGUCAUAAAGUCAUCCUUACCAGAUAUAGUACACCAUUGUGACAGGUAUCACAUGUAAAUUCAUUUAUAAAAUAUUGUUCAGUAAUAUUAUUAUGUGAAAAAUACUCAUUCAUUUGCUUAAAGAUUAUGAUAUAUAUUCACUCUCUGAAAUUGUAUAAAAUCUAAAUUUUUAUAUUUGUGUGAAUAAUGUGUGAGGCUGUGUAAUCUUUUCCAGAAAAUAAGGUUUAUUUCCAUGUAUCAUAUUUCUCAGAGCAGAAGAUGAUGUACUCUCUCUGUGAAAUUUUUAGUUUAUUUUGGUGGUGGCACAUCUGUGAUUCUAAUAUUAAGUGGGUCACAAUCUCAGCAUUAAUGUUUUUGUAAUUUUCACUGAACAGUUUUCUCCAUUGUACUAACACAGUUACAGCAUUUCCGGCUUUUACUUUUAUUUGUAACUGAUAUAAUUUAUUAUUACAUAACUUAAAACUAUUGUUUUCAUAUAAAUGUGAGAAUGACAAAUCAGAUUCCAGAACUCCAAUGUAUUUUGAUGAAUAUAAGCAGUUUAAAUGGAUUAGCAUUUCAUAUUUUUAUAUCUUGAAAUUACUAAUUGAAUAUUCUGUAACCAUAAAUUCUUUUGUACAUGACUAUGUCCUGCAAAUUAUAAGCUACUAUGCAGCUAAGGAAAUACUUGACUUUAAAUUGCAUAUGUUUUGAAUCUUUUGUAUUUUUUUAGUAUUCUAUCAUUUUAAUUUUUUAUGAAGGACCUAUAAAAAGUUAUUUUAUUCUGCCUUUGUUAAAUUUCUUUUAGUGAAUUUUGAAGUACUUUAAGAAGAGUGUACUAAUGAUAUAGCUAAGUAAUGUUAACUUGUUGAGAUGCAUCUGUUGAACCAGAUGAAAGGCUUGCUAUGUGUUGAAAUCUGUGCUGACCAAUAGAUUCUGACAAUCAUUGUUUCAUAUUAAUGUAAUUUUGUCCUUAAAAGAGAUGGGCAGCUAUAUAUGAAUGUUCAGCGGUCUUUCUGACAUUGAUUAGUACAGUUUUGAUUGAGUAGCAAUA